GAGACAGAAAGCAAUUGCUGGCUCACGUCUCCUUCGUUUUUUUUUUUUUUUUAAAUAUUAUUUAUAUUUGAUUUUGUAUCAAAUUACAGCAAUUUGUACGAGAACAUUUGUUUAUUUUCAUACCCCAGUUUUUUGACGUAUUUUUUUAAAAUCAACCUGUUAUAGGAUUGGCAGUAGCUUGCUAGCUCGUCACCACUGAAAACAAGAUUUGUCCUCUUGAAAGACCCCGAAUACGAUAACGAAGCGACGAUUAUUAGAAUAUAAACGUAUAUUAUAUAUUAUUUAUUGCACAGUUAACGAAGCAGUGUCUUCUGCGCGUUUUAUAUCGUUUUAUUGCUACUGUCAAUGUUAAACGGUAUAGCUAGCGAUCAAUUGACCGACAGCCAGGCUCAGGAAAGAAUGACUGCUGUUCAGCUCGAGAAUAUCCAGCGACUAUUGGAAGCCGCGGAAUAUCUGGAAAGGAGAGAAAGAGAGUGUGAACACGGAUAUGCUUCGACGUUUCCUUCAAAUCAGGACACAAGCUACCAGAGGCAAAGGAAAUUCCGAAAUAAGAAAUUCAGCAGUAACCAUAACAGGUCCACACACAAUGAGUUGGAGAAGAAUCGACGCGCUCACCUGCGGCUGUGUCUGGAGCGCUUGAAGGCCCUCAUUCCACUGGGACCGGACUGCAGCCGCCAUACCACUCUUGGCCUGCUCAACAAAGCCAAAGCACAUAUAAAGAAACUUGAAGAAGCAGACAGGAAGAGCCAGUACCAGCUGGAGUCUCUGGAACGUGAGCAGAGGCACCUCCAGCGUCAGCUGGAGCUGUUGAGAGGUGGCGGAGGUGCGGCCGUGGAGGGCGAGAGGAUACGUAUGGACAGCGUGGGCUCCACCCUCGGCUCUGAGCGCUCCGACUCCGACCAAGAAGAGAUCGAGGUGGACGUGGAGAGCACGGAGUUCUCCCACGGAGAGCUGGACAGCCUGAGCACGGCCAGCACCAGCGACCUGGACGACCACAGCAGCCUGCAGAGCAUGGCCAGUGACGAGGGAUACUCCUCCUGCAGUGUCAAACUUGCCUUUUCCUCCUAGAAGCGACACACCAUCGCCAACACCUCCUCCUCCUCCUGCUGCCCUCCCAUCUGGUGUAUCCGUUCACCCAUCCAGCAGUGCCCACAGGCAUCUGUUCACCUGCUUACAGCGUUCCCAUCACCAUGCAGCUAGAGACCCUGUUCGAGUUUCACCUAAUAUCUCGGACAGAGGCUUUCAGACUUUUUGGGUCCGGGGACCAACUACAGGGGAGACAUGUUUACAAGGACCCCCUCAUAAUCCUUAUGAUAAUUAAAUUUACUGUAACUACCAUGUCUACACCAAAUGCCAUAGGAAUGCUUUUCAAAACCGUUCAUCCGUAAUACAGUGUUUCUCCCCCAUUAUGAAAAGUAAUUGACGAAUCCUUUCAUAUGGGUUAUGAUAGCUUACAGAUGCUACAAGAAAGCAAGAAAGCAGGAAAGCACUACCUUUAUCUACACUGAGAAAAAAUGAGUAUUUGAACACUGCGAUUUUGCAACUUCUACCACUUUGGAAUCAUGGAGGGGUCUGAAAUUUGCAUGUCCACGGUGAGAGAGACAAUCUAAAAAAAAAAAUUAAUAAUUUAUUUGUAUGUUACUGCUGCAAAUAAGGGUAGGACGGUGGUGCAAAUGCUUAGAGCGCUGGCCUCACAGUUCUAAGGACUGGGGUUCAAAUCCUGGCCUGCCCCUGUGUGGAGUUUACACGUUCUUCCCGUGCCUGUGUGGGUUUUCUCCGGGCACUCCGGUUUCCUCCCACAUCUCAAAAACGUGCAUUAAUUGGAGACUCUCUAUUGGCCUUUGUGCGACUGUUUUUUGUCUCUUUGUACCCUGUGAUUGGAUGGAAAGAAGUUCAGCGUGUACUCCGCCUCCUGCCCAAAGAUAGCCUGGAUAGGCUCUUGCACUCCCGCGACCCUUUUGAGGAUAAGUGGCUCAGCAAAUGGAUGGAUGCUGCAAAUAUGUAUUUGAACACCUGUGAACAUCAAUUUUAAUAUUUGGUACUUUGUUUGCAAUUACUGAGGUUAAACGUUUCCUGUAGUUUUUCACCAGGUUUUCACACACUGCAUCAGAGAUUUUGGCUCAUUCCUCCUCACAGAUCUUCACUAGGCCAGUCAUGUUUCUGGGCUGUCGCAGGGAAACAUGGAGUUUGAGCACCCUCCAAAUAUUUUCUAUUGGGUUUAGGUCUGGAGACUGGCUCGCCCACUCCAAAACCUUGAAAUGCUUCUUAUGGAGCCACUCAUUGGUUAUCUUGGCUGUGUGCUUUAGGUCAUUGACAUGUUGGAAGACCCAGCCACGACCCAUCUUCAAUCCUCUAACUGAGGGAAGAAGGUUGUUCCCCAAAAUCUCAGAAUACAUGGCCCUAGUCAUACUUUCCUGAAUAUAGUGCAGUCGUCCUUUCCCAUGUGUAGAAAAGCACCCCCAAAGGACUCCCAUGCUUCACAGUAGGGUUGGAGUUUUUGGGGUGAUAUUCCUCAUUCUUUCUCUUCCAAACAUGGUGAGUUGGAAUUAAGACCAGAAAGGUUCAUUUUGGUCUCAUCCGACCACAUAACUUUCUCCCAUGAUUCCUCUGGGUCGUCCAAAUGGUCAUGGGCAAACUUAAGAUGCUGAUUUAAGCAGGGAAACCUUCCGUGUCAUGCAUGAUUUGAAAUCAUGAUGUCCUUAGUGCAUUACUCACAGUCACCUUGGAAACAGUGGUGCCUGCUCUCUUCAGGUCAUUGACCAGCUCCUCCCGUGUAGUUCUGAGGUGAUUCCUCACCUUUAUUAGGAUAAUUGUUACACCAUGAGGUGAGAUCUCACUUGGAGCCCCACUCCGAGAGCGACUGACAGUCAAUGUUUAGCUUCUUCUGUUUUCUAUGAAUUGCUCCACCAGUUGAUUUUUUUUUUUUUUUUUUUUUUUCACCAAGCAGCUUGGCAUUUGCCCUGUAGCCCUUUCCAGCCUUGUUGAGGUCUACAAUUUUGUCUCUAGUGUAUUUGAACAGCUCUUUGGUCUUAGCCAUGUUAGUAGUUGGAGUCUUACUGAUUGUGUGGGGUGGACAGGUGUCUUUAUGCAGUCAACAAUCUCCAACAAGUGCUUCUAAUUUAGAAUAAUAAGUGAAGUGUAGAUUGACUUUUUAGAGGGAGACUAACAGGUCCUUGAGGGCCAUUAUUUUUGCUGAUUGGCAGGUGUUCAAAUACACAUUUGCAGCAGUAACAUACAAAAUAGUUUUAAAAAUCAUACAUUGUGAUUUCCGAUUUUUUUUUAUUAUGUCUCCCACAGUGGACAUGCACCUAAGAUGAAAAUUAAAGACCAUCGAAUUGAUUUCAAAGUGGGACAACUUGCUAAAUCACAGUGGUCAAAAUCACAUUUUCCUCACUCCUCAGGUCAGCAUUAAAAUGCGACAAGAUGGCACCAAAACAAUAAUUUUAUUGCUUUGCCUUGGGUGCAACUCAUCCCAAAAGGCAAAUAAUGGGGAAUAGGUUCCCCCCUCCCAUCCUCCCCAAAAAUAAAAUUACAAAAAAAAAAACGUGAAUGACAAAUAUGCGGGAGAACACUGUAUUCAUAUGUUCUCAGUGGAGCGGAUUUGGGUUUAGAGCCAUUUGACAGAGUGAAAUCUUCCCCCAUUGCCAGUAUCUAGAAAUGCUGUGGGCCAAAUUAUUUACUAGCAAAGUGACUCCUGAAAUGCAGGACAACAGAUUUAUGUGAUGCAUCACUUCAGAGCUUUUUUUUUGGGGGGGGGGGGGGGGGUCAAUGCUAAAGUAGGAAGGAGUCAUGGGGUAGUGCUUGUUCUAUUGGUGAGCCUGUCCCUUCCUUUAUGGACUCAAAAAAGUAAUUAAUAAUACGACGUAAUAAUUUAAAGCAAAUUAUUUUGCGACACACGGACCCCAGUUUGAGGAGCCAUGAUCUAAAAACACUCCUGAUAUUUAAAACCUGCUUAUGCAAAUGACCGCAAAUGAGACCCAAAAUGCACUUAAAGUUUAUUUGAUAUUGAAGUCGUUCUAAGAUGAUGGGUGCUUCAGCGUUGGGCCCAGCCACUGGAAAGCACACGACGCGGUGACAUCACCUGAUGCCGCCAAAGAUGCCAACUCUAUCUUAUCUUAUCUUGUCUUGGACGCUUGAAUUGGUGCUAUUGCGCAACUUCCUCCAUCAGUUUCGAAAGCAAAAUCUUCUGCUUUUACACGCUAGCACGGACCAAGACGACGACGACAAAAAAAAGUAAUUCCUGUUGAAUGUGGGUGCUCGACGUGCUCUCUCACACUCUUUCCCUCUCGACAAGCGGCGAGCUGUCCUGCACUUAAAUACUUUCCAGCUGACGUGGCACAAACAGCAACAAGAAAUGUUGAGAAUAGACAUCCACCUCCUCUCCAGCAGUAACAAGCAAUAAAUCGUCAUUUUUCUCCCUUUGUGACCGUCCAAAAAGAAGCAAAGUCAUGUUUUCUUUUUUUUUUCUUUGUACAUACAAAUAGCUUAAUCAAUUAAUGUUAAAGAUGGAAAAAAAAAGGUAGCGAUCAUGGAUAGAACUUCUCCUCUGUUGCUGACUUGUGUUUUUUGUGCAUUUGAUAGUCCAUGUUUGGAAGCUCAGUGGGCGUGGCUUGGACUAUGUCUCUUUUUGCUGGUUGACAUCCUAACAAGUUAUUUAUUGUGUUGCUGUCUGGUGCUGCGCUAGGUUAUGGGAUGGAGGCUGCGGAGUUUAAAUUAUUUCACGUGAUGUGCUCGUGGUGUGUGUGUGCGGGUGUGUGUGUGUGUGUGUGUGUGUGUGUAUGGCAUUCCACUGAUCGUCAGGUGAUCCCAAGUUUCGGGGUAAAACGGGUUGUCAAAGUUAGCCAUCCCAACUCCACUGGCAUUAAGAAUUGCACUUCGCUCACAGAUUUAGUUUUUUUUUUCUUUUCAGCCCUUUUGAUAUUUCACCUAAUUUUGAAUAUUUAUUUAUCCAACCCUCCAAGAACAGACUUAAUUGGGGGGGGGGGGCAAAAAUAACUUAUUUUUGUCUUGUCUUACUUUGACUUCACUUUGGAUUCCUCAUUCCUUAUUUUUAAGAAUGGUGUAUUUUAUGUUUUAUUGGUCAUUUUGGGGGAUUUGGGGUAUAACAUAAUGUAGCCAUGUUGUUUUGCUUUUGAAGUUUAUUCAAUGGACACUUGAAAUGUAAAUGGCCCCAAAGCUGCUCCUAGUUGCUGAGCCGGUUUCGAGUCACCUGUCUUGUUUGGAAGUUGACCCCGCCCCUCCCCCUUCCCAACACAGCCCCACAUUACAUACUCACGUCCACAUUUUACAGCUGGACUGGCUUCCCUCCAAAUCCAGCCUGCCAGUCCAGUGAAAACUAUUUGUGUGUGUGUUUGUGAGGACGAAGACUGAGGGAGGCGGGUCAUCGCCACAGGCAUAUGUCGAGCCAGCUUCUACCCAAACUGGGGUCUUCAUAACGCCACUUUCCUCUGACGAGGAUUGUUUUGUUGACUAGGCUUUGUCUUAUUAGUUGCUAACACGUGUCUUACACUUACACCUCCAUAAAGGGAUUCAGCAGAAAAAACACAUGUAGAGUUUGGCACUGAAUCAGAGUGACCGCCGGUGUUCGAUCCUACAAACAGAAAUGCCAAAACCACGUCAGAACACCUCAGUGUCCUCACUCUCUCUUUCUUGCUCUCCCUUUCUUUCAGUGUCUGUCUGAAGGGGAGUUUUGAUGAAGCCUGCCCUUUUGUGACUUUUUAGGCGUCUCUGUUUCCAUGUCGUCCUCACGUUGAUUUAACAAACCUGUGCUGUCACAUCUUGU